AGGGGGCUUAUUGCAUACUAAGGAGGAGAAAUUCUGAGACCCUACGUGCACAAUACAUUGAUGCCAAGGAUAUAAGGAUUUGUGUUGGUACAUGGAAUGUUGGGGGGAAAGUACCGCAUGAUGACUUGGAUAUUGACGAGUGGCUAAAUACAAAUGAACCUGCUGAUAUGUAUGUGCUUGGCUUUCAGGAGGUUGUUCCAUUGAAUGCGGGGAACAUAUUCGGUGCUGAAGACUGCAGUCCAGUGCCAAGAUGGGAAAAUCUCAUUCGUAAGUCACUGAACAAAGUUCAAACGGGAAAACCAACAUGCAAAUGCUACAGUGAUCCUCCUUCUCCUUCAAGGCUCAAGCCAUCUGAAGAUGCUUCUGCCAUCAUCGAAAAAUUGCUUUUGCAUGAAACUGAUAAUGAAAGUGACAAUGAAAUGAUCCAACAAGUUAAUGAUUCCAUGAAUGAUUGUGAUGAUUUCAAUGGGAUUAGCACUGAGAACGGGCUAUCAAUGAAAAAGUUGGAUAAGUGUCAUCGUUUUAGUAUGAUAGACAGUGACAUAAUUCCCAAAACACCAAUUUCUCAACAAAACAAGCUAAUUAAAACAUUUAGUGGCUCAGAAAAGAUUGGCUUGGCAUGGCCAGAACAACCACGGGAACUAUUAGCCAGGCGUGUUUCAGAUAGUCCAACUUUAAGAUCAAAGUCUUUUAAGACUUGCAGUCCACUCGCUUCAGCUUUGGGAGAUAAAAAAGAUUCAUUAUACUUUGGAUCGAUACAAGAGUUUGAUCCACGUGUCAUUUUCCGUGCAAAGAAAAGAUCGUCUUUUGUGAGGAUCAUAAAAAAACAAAUGGUUGGCAUUUUCAUAUCAAUAUGGGCUCGGAGAUACCUUCAAAAGAUUAUUCAAAACGUGAAGGUGUCUUCUGUUGGUGUUGGUGCUAUGGGAUAUAUAGGAAACAAG